AUGCCCACCUUCCCCGACAGCGAGCGCACUGGCAAGGGCAAGGGUGCGGGCCGUUUCGUGCAGCGCAAGCGGCAAGCCCUCGCGUCGGCCGACGGCGAGGAAUUCGCCUCCAUGCGGGACACCAUCACCACCGAGGUGUCCGAGUCUGUCGCCAAGACCGUCACGGCCAACCACAACACGUUACUUAAGAUGCUGUCCUCCAUGCAGAGCGAGGUGGCCAAGCAGUCCAGCGCCAUUGAAGGCCAGGUCCAGACGGCGAUCGCGCCCAGGCUCGACUCCCUCAACAGGCGCCUGCAGGCUCAGCUCGACGAGCAGAAGCGCAGCCUCUCCGCGCUUGAGGGCCGUGCUGACGCCCACGACAAGUCCAUUCAUGAUCUUCAAGACCAGCUUGCCGAACUCCGUCGCCAGAUGGCCAUCGCCGAGCAGACUCCCAGGAAGCAGCUCGCUGCUCCCACGUCCUUCGACCGCGAGGAGGACACCACGAUUGUUGUUGCUGUGUCACAGCGCCCUACUACCUUGGCCUCAGUGGUCUCUUCGCUGCGCCCGUGGCUCGGCGAGAUUGGCUUUGAGGACGAACAGUACGAGAUCAAGCAGAAAGGCGAGUCUCCUGCCAGGAGGUUCGAGAUUUGCUUCACGGGCUCGACCACCAUUGCGUCGCGCCGCGCCAACAAGGCCACGUCGCUCCUCAAGGGCGCCGACGGCUGGAAGGAGUUCUGGGUCGACCCCCCUGGUGCCGAGCGCUGCCGUUUGCACCUGGGCCCCGACAAGUCGCCCAAACGUAUCAAGACCGAGGUCACUCUACGCAAGGCCAGAGCGAUUGUGGAGCUGCAGUACCCUGGCAAGCGCUUCUACUCCGACCGCGAGCACGGCGUCCUCUCGAUCGGCUGGGACAAGAUCAUGCACGUCGACGUCUUCCACGGCGACACCCCGCCCAAGAUCUACUGGGACUCGACGCAGCUCGCCAAGCAUGCCAUGGCCAUCGACACCCUCCGCAAUGCGGUCAAGGAGCUCACGCACCCGACCGACCCUACCUGGGUCCGCGGCGUCACCGUUUCGGAUAGCUACCUGGAACUCUCGUGCACUUCUACAGGCUGGCUGGAGAGGAAGUACGUUCUCCGUCUACGUCCCCUCUCCACGGUCAUCGCGCUGCAGGAGGUGCACCAGGACCACUUCCAGCUCGUCUCGUUCUUCAACUCGAUCGCGUCGGGCCUCGCGAUCCACUCCAGCUUCAUCUCAGACGCGGAUGACGGGCAUCGGCGUGGUGGAGUCGCUGUGGUUCUUCCGCCGCUGGCUCGUCAAGGGUCCACCUUGCCGAUGACAUCCUCAACUGUCUUGGUGCCAGGCCGAGCGAUGCUAGUCCGGGUACGGGAUGACUGCCGCACGCUCGACAUCUUCAACGUUCACAAUCAUGAUCUGUCCGCCCAGCAAGUUCGUGAAGUGGCUGCCGCGAUGCGAGUAUCGCAGCGUGCGGCUGCUGACGACCCCGACAUGUACACCACCUUUGUCCUCGGGGACUUCAAUUUUGCCACGCAUGAGGCUCUGGCGCUCGCUGCCCCUUCGGCGGCAGUGCGCAAGCAGUCGAAGUGCCACCACGUGCCGGCUCCCAAGUGGCGCCAGGCUCUCGCCCUCCUGACCGAGAUUGCGUGCGAGGACCCUACGCACUACGAGAAGUUCAACGACUCGUGCGCGACGAUCGACCGCGUCUUCUGCUCGCUCACGGGCUGGCAGAUCUGCCAGCUGCAUGUCCAGAUCGACGCGCUCGACACACCGGCGGCUGUCUUCGACAAAAAGAUCUCUGACCAUGCUGCUGUUGUUGUCUCGCUUGCCUGCCGCCCACCUCGGCCUGUGGAGUCUCGCCCCAUACCCAAACACCUGUUCUCGGAGCCAGGUUUCAAGAGGCGUCUGGAAGGGCUGUGUUCUGAUGUUCCGUGGGACUCCAUGUCGCCCCCGUUCAAGUUAGAAAAGUACAAGGAGCUUUUGAAGAUUGCGGCCUCGGAGACCAGGGACACCCUCUUUCGGGACAGGCCGCACCACCCGCACACCUGCCUGCUGCUUGCUCGUGCUCUGGCCCGAGUUGUCUGGAGGCAAGACCUGCGUAUGGCUUCCAGGCUCCAGGACUCCCAUCCCCUGGCCAUUGACAUGAUCUCGAUUGCCAACGGGAAGGUCGAGCUCCGCCACCCGCCGUCCUUCCAGGCCUGGGUCGACCAGGUCCAGACUGAUGGCUCUACGGUCAGUGAGCCCUCGGACCGCCUGCGAGUGCUCACGGAACACUGGGCCCCCGUCUUCCAGAAAAAGCCGUGGGACGUUGCUGCUGCUGCUCCCUACCUUCGUCGCCUCGCUCCUGACCUUCCUGCCGAUCUACACCUGCCGCCGCCCUCGAAAAAUAUGCUACGUCGAGCAAUGCGGUCUGCCCAGCACUCUGCUCCUGGUCCUGAUGCUCUGCCAUACGCUGCGUGGGCUGCGUCCUCGUGGGGUGCCGACAUCUUGUGGGACGCCCUUGGUUGGGUGCUCAGUGGCCAAGGACUCUUUGCGAACGCUAGCGACACGAUCCAGAUUUUUCUGCCCAAAAAUGUCACGGACUUGGAGCUCCGCGAUGGCAGCUGCUCUCGCUCCCCCGACAAGGUUAGAGUCUUGGGCCUUAGGAACUGUGACCUGAAGCUCAUCUCCUCCACCGUCAACCGUGCGAUCCGUCCUGCCUUGGUGGCCCUCGCCCCGCCAUGCCAGCGUGGAUUCAUACCUGGUAGGAAUUUCGGCAACAACAUCCUCGAGCUCGACGUUUCGAGUCGCCAGAUGUCGGUUGUCCCGCACGGUUCUGCUGAUAUACCGUUAUUGUACUCCCUGGACUUCGGCCAAGCCUUCCCGUCUCUGAAUCAGGACUUCCUCAUCCUCUCCCUUAGGGCCCUCAAGCUGCCUGAUGCCUUCGUGCCCUUCGUCACGUUCCUCUAUGCGUCGGUGGAAGGGGUCGUCUCGCACCUAGGCACGCUAGUUCACAUCUUCUGGAUCCAGAGCGGCAUCAUCCAGGGUUGUGCCGUAUCGGGCACUCUGUAUGCGUUGGGUACAGCUGUCUUCUUGAUUGACCUGGCUUCCCGUGUUGAGGCCGCUGGUCUUGGCCUGGUUCGGGCCUGUGCUGAUGACAUUGGGGGCACUUUAUUGGCCAUACGGCACCUAGUACAUGUGUAUCGUGUUAUGCAGAUGGCCUCGGACUUGGCCAACCUCGCCCUGAAGGUCUCGAAAUGCAAGAUUGUCCCGUUGCCUGACAGGUUCUCGCCCGAGCUCUCGGCCACAGUCUCCUACUGGGUCUCCCGUGUGGUCCCCGAGUGGAGCUCGUUCGAGGUGGCUCCGAAGUUGCUCUACCUGGGCCUCUGGCUAG